GUGGAGUCGCUGCAGGAGCAGGAGCAGCGGCGCUGGAGCGGCGAGCUUGACUGCCGCCUCGGGCGCUGCGAAGGCGAGUGCCAGGCACUGCUCAGCGAUGCGCGGCAGCACCUACACGCUUCGGAAGAGAUUCUCAAAGAGUGGCGCAGCCGGGGCGAAGCGCUUGAGUGCAACCAGCGUGCCGGCAGCGCAGAGUUGCGAGAACGCCUGGAGAAGGUGGACGAGACGGUCGCUGCCAACGAGAAGGGGCUGCAAUGCCAAAGGGUGCUCAUCGAGCAGCUGACAGCGGAUUUCCAGACGCUUCAAGAUCGCUUGGUCGUUGUUGAGGGAGCUGUUUCCAAGCAGUCGACCUCUGUGCAGAGUCUGCGGCACAAGCUGCACUCAGUCAAGGAAGGCAGCUGCACGCAAUUGAAGGAGCUCCAGCAGCAGAUCACUGCCGAGGUGUCGGAGGCGCGACGGUUGCAGGCAGAGGGGGAAGCCAGGCAAGCGGCGGCCAUGGAAGAGAAGCAGCAGGCGCUUCGCCGGCACUGCCGAGCCUGGAGCUCAGAGGCAGCACAGGGCGCCCAGGAGACGCUCUCAGCACGACUGCAGGAGGUGUCGAAGUAUUGCGAGACCGCCACCGUGCAGACGCAAGCGCAAUGUCGCGAUUGGGUGGACACGGCCCUGGCCCGUUUGGAGACGCUGGCCGUCAGGACUAGAGAGCAGUUGGGUGCCUUCGCAGAGGAAUUGCCCUUUACGGUGCGGAGGCUGCUCGCCGAGGAGCUGGCCAGGGAACGGCCGAAGGUUCCUUCAAAGGGCCGCAGACCGUCGAAGAUAGCAGGCCUCGAGACGGCACAGCCACGUCCUUUCGAGCUCGGCGAGCCCCUGCCGCUGCAGGCGCCUGCGGUAGACGACGCCCCGAGGCCGCAGGUCGUUACGGCGCCCCUGCCGCCCAGCGCCACCGCGCAGGUCACACAGCCUUCACCGUCCGGAGGUGGAUUGGAGAAGGCUUCCCCGCGGCCGCUGCGCCA